AUGGCGGCCAUGGUACUGACGUCGCCAUCGCCGCUACCCACACCGCCCGGCGACUGCUUCACCUACACGGCGACGUAUCCGCGGCCGACGCUCCCGGGCCCAGAGUGGACGUUGGUGAGGGUGCACGCAUGCGGGCUGAACCGGGCAGAGCUGCGGUCGCGCGCCGGGCUGCCGCCAGGCCGGCCCGAGUUCAACAUCUUCCAGGCCGAGUACCAUGCCGACCCGCCGGCCGUGCUGGGCGAGGAGUUCGUGGGCGUGGUGGACGUCGCGGGCCCGCGAAGUGGCUUUUCCCCCGGUGAGCGUGUCGCUGGCUUCAUUUAUGGCGGCGGAAAGGCCCACGAUGGGAGCUAUGCGCAGUUCUCGCUGUGUCAUUCUCGCAGGCUGUUCAGGCUGCCCGCAUCCUCUGCAGGCCAGUCGUUGCCGUGGGAUGUCCUGGCGGCUAUCCCCAUGAGUAUGGUCACCGCUUACGGUUGCGUCGUGUUGGCGGGGGGGUUGGAAAGGCGGAUUGCGAGUCAACAGCAGCAGCAGCAGCAGAAACAGGACCAGAACCAGAAUCAGGACCAGAAUCAGGACCAGAAUCAGGACCAGAAUCAGAACCAGAACCAGGACGAGAACCAGGGACAGAGCGCUGGUGGUGCAGCUGCCAUCGCCGGCCACCCCAAUGUCACGGUUCUCGUGCACGGCGCCACCUCCAGCGUAGGCAUCUGGGCGAUCCUGCUGGCCAAAGAGCGCGGGGCGACGGUGAUCGCGACGACGCGGGCCUCGAGCAAGGCCGAGCGGCUGAAGAACUGCGGCGCCGACCACGUCGUGCUCGAGGACGAGCUGGACCGCGACCUGCCUCGCCUGUUUCCCUGCGGCGUCGACAUCGUGCUGGAACUCGUCGGGCCGAACCAGACGCUGCGCAGCCUGGGCUUUGCCGCCCGCUACGGCACCGUCGUGGUGUCGGGCGUGCUGAAUCUGCAGUGGGAGCUGCACGGCUUCAAUCCCGUCAUGAUCCCGCCCACCCGCAACCUGAGCUUCUACACCAUGACCAACAGCGGGCCUGGCGGCGAGGACGCCGAGAUCGACCACAUCCAGCCCCUGCUGGCCGAGGUCAUCGCCAAGGUCGAGGCCGGCGCCUACCCCCUCGAUUGUAUCCUCGAUCGGACGUUCAAGUUGCAUGAGAUGGGCCAGGCACACGAGUAUAUGGAGCAGAACAAGGCCGUGGGAAAGGUGGUCGUGACUGUUCCGUGA